GCUCGGGUGUGCAGAAAGUAUAGACAGCUCACCGCACCCGUGACAAUAUUUAUUUUCGUGACUAACGUUAACGAUCAUCUGUUAUGGCUCAAGCAAAAAUAAACGCAAAAAUGAACGAUGCGUAUAAAGGCCAAUUUAUCAGAACCCUUUCGAUGGCGGACCGGUCAGGUCGGUUACUAGAGAAUCUGGAUCAGAUUGAAAUGAGGGUGGAGGCUCUUCGUGAGGCGGCCACUGCUAUGGAGCAAGAGAGAGAGAGCUUAAUCGAGAUGAUUCAAUCGACACAGAACAGUCAGGAAAUGAGAAACAUUUGUGAUGGAGAAAAGGAAGAGCUCUCGCUGACUGCAAACAGACUCAUGAAGAGGACGUUAACAGUAACUGUGUCUGUUGAUACGAUCAGAAACGCCCUGCAGGAGGAUGCCUUGAAGAAAGCCACAGCCAUUAUCAACGAGAUUGCUUCUAAAGUGCUUGAGGAUUUAGAGGGGGGGAGAAAGAGACUGCAGGCACUUCAUGCCGCGUGUGUGACUGAAGCACCACCUGUGCCCAUUGAUCAGAAGUUUCAGAGCGUCGUGAUCAGCUGCGCCCUGGAAGACCAGAAGAAAAUCAAACGUCGCCUGGAGACUCUCAUCAGGAACAUGGACAAUGCAGAGAAAACCAUUAAAAUUAUGGAUCAUCAGAAAGUUGAUCAUUCCGAUCUUGCCAAUGGCAAAUAGGGUGAUUUAGUGGAAUUAAAACCUAUGUGCCUUUUGAAGCCUUAAGGAACAGAAAUAUGACCCACAACAUGACACGAAACACCCAUCUACGUAUUCACAGCCACAGAAAAAAAAUGAGAGACCAUUCCAAAAUUUUAUUUCAAAUCAGCAUUUCUAGAUGCAUUGCGGUCAUUCAUUCCGGUUCAGUGUCAACCAAAGCAAACCUCAAGAGUGUCAAAGCAUCCAACAGCAAUGUGAAAGACUGGCAGUAUGACAGGACACAUAUUUACUGUGAUAAAAAUGUUAUCGCAUUUAAUGUUUUUUAACUUUUCCUCAAUACAUGUUCAAAUAAUACUGUCGUUUUCUCUACAGUAUUUGAGGUCUGAAAAAAUACAAAGCAUCUUUUCUGUUAUUUUCACCUCCUCUCCAGUGUUGAUAUUCUUCAUAUGAAUGCAAAAAGAAACAACGAUUCUAUUUGAAAUUUUAAAAAAAAAGUAUUGUUAUUAGUUCAAAGAAUUAAACAAAAAUGACCAUUUUACCUAAACACAUAUCUAUAAAUAGUACAUUUUAAAAUCAGAAAAGCAGUCUCUGUAAUGGUCUCUUGUUUUUUUUUCCACAGAUAUAUAUAUAUAUAUAUAUAUAUAUAUAUUUGCCUUGCAUAUCUGAUAGCACACAAACAUCUAGCAAAUGUCUUUUGGGUGUCUUCAUUUACAUCUGAAAGACAUAGCUUGCAAAUCUGCAAUACGUGUCAGAGACAUCUGCUGUCAGACGUAAUGUAGACACCUAGAAGAUGUCUGUAGGAUGUUAAUGAUUUAGAAUGAAUGUAAAAAUGCUCUUCCUAAGAUGUUUAGCAGAUGUUCUUACACAGCAGAUUUUUUCCAGAUCUUUAGCAGACAUCUUACAGACGUAUCUGUGACCUCUUGAUCACUAUUUACCUCAAUGCAUUAAUUUAAAGCAACACAGAUCAUAAAUGUUUACGUUGGAUAUUUAACAGUUUUAAAGACACAUUGUAUUUUAUAAGUAUUUUGUUUACUUUGUUCUACUAACCCUUAUAAAGCAAUGUGAAAUAGGUUUAGUUGGGAUCUACCAACAUUCCGGCUUGAGUCCUGUGAAUUUAAUUUACUGGUUCGCUGGUUAGUCUAUUUUUAGAACAGCUGCACAUGGCACAUGUUUGCUCGCUUGUGACGGUUUAAUUAGACCACGUUUGGCAUUCUGCUUGUUUGGGAAUUUCACAUUUGGGUAUUAGUUUAGUCAUCACAGCCUGGAAUAUAACUUGCAUGAGAUGAAAACAUAGGCUUACUGAGUUUGUUUGUUUCUUUGGUUUGUAAUGUAUCUUUCAUCUUGUUUAACUGUAGGUCAUACUUUAAUACACAUUCAAUCCCACUAUUACAGUGCAAACUUUUCACACCCUUAGCCAAGAAAUAGGAAUAUCAGGGACAUAUUAAGGAAUUUUUACAUUGUGAUUUAAAAUAAGUUAAAGGUGAUGAUUUAAAUGAAUGAAUACUGCCCAAAGAUAUGAAAGUACUGUAUUAAAGGUUAUGGAGAGUGA